AUGGCAGACAGCAAUCCGGGACCGUCGCGCGGCACUGCUCGCGGCAGGGGAGACGACGAGCAGCACGGCGGUGUGCCCUCAGGCUCCGUCUCGAAGCUCAAGGCUCAGCUCCGCCAGACCAAGCGUCUCCUCGCCCGCGAGGACCUGAACCCGGACGUUCGCACCACGAGCGAGCGCCGCCUCGCCCUCCUCGAGGGCGAGCUCGUCAAGGCCGAGCAGUCCAACGUCGAGAAGAAGAUGGUCCAGCGGUACCGUGGCGUCAAGUUCUUCGAGCGCCAGAAGCUGCUGCGCAAGAUCAAGCAGGCCAAGAAGGCGCUCGCCGACAAGCCCGAUAGCUCCGAGGCGCAAAGCACGCUCCUCGACGCCCGCGUCGACCUGUACUACGUCCUCCGGUACCCCAAGACCGACAAAUACGUCGCCCUCUUCCCCGACGGCGUCUAUGCGCCCUUUGUCGCCCCGUCUGCACUCGCCGCCGACGCCACCCCGGCCGAGACCAAGCGCCAAACCCUGCGCGCCGCUAUCCGCAAGCGCCUCGACAAGGGCGACCUGCCCGCCGAGGUCGAGCUCGGCGAGCUCGGCAUCGAGGGCGAGGAGGAUGUCGGUGCGGGCUCGGCCAAGCGCGACCGGGACGACGCCGACGAGGAGCAGGAGCGCGAGGCGGCCCCGGUCGUCGUCGACGAGCGCGCCGCCAAGAAGCCAAAGCGUGCGGCGCCCGCACCCGCGCCGGCUGCGGCAUCGAGUGCGCCCACACCGGCGGUCGUCGAGGCGGCCGAGGAGGAGGCCGCCCCCGUCGAGGGCGAGGGCGAGCCGAAGAAGAAGGAGAACCGGAAACAGCGCAAGGAGCGCAAGCGCGCCGAGGAGGCGGCAGCAGCAGCGGCGGCGACAACGGCGGGCGCAGAGCCGCAGAAGAAGGCGCUCGCGUCCCAGGACGCGGCCAUGAAGGACGCGAGCUGGAAGAGCAAGACCAAGGCCGAGCAGCUCGUCGAGCAGGACGACUUCUUCGCGUGAGCGGCAGCGUGUUGUAUUGUCCUGUUUGCGCUCGUC